AUGAAGACGGAGUUUAAGCAAAUCUGCUUACGGACAAUCGGUAUUUUGCGAACUAGCGACAAAACGCUUGAUGGUGACAAAGAUGAUAAAAAUGAUGAUGGUAAUAAUGACGAUGUUGGUGAUGAUGAAGACGAUGAUGAUGACGAUGAUGACGACGGCAGUGUAGAGGGAAAUACACUGCCAAAGAACAAAUGCGACGAAACCGAAUGUGCUAAACUGGAAGGUUACUGUGAGGCCUUAAAGGAUGGUACCAGUGUCUGUAAAUGUUUCCUGUCUCGCCAGCCACCAGACGAUACGGGUUCGUGUAGACCCUCUUCUGACGUGAAACUCGAGGAACCAAGCACCGCGAAGCCUCUGACCAAGCUGGACAUAAAAGCAUAUACCCUGGAAUGGGUGGAUUUGACUAAGGAGAGUGUCACAAAGUCUACCGAAAACAGCCAGGUAAUGGAGAACCUCAAUACCGGAUGUGACCCUUUGACCUGUGAGGGAUCCUGCCACGGUGAGGGUCCUAAUGCUAAGUGCAUAUUUUGGGACGCUCUUCUUAUACCCAAUAACAACGAGUCGAGUUCGGAUCAUGAGGACGUAGCAAACCAAGAAUUCCAUCCAAGUUCUUGCAACGAAAAGCUGUGCCCAGAAGGCCAAUGUGCCACCUGGCACAAUCAAACCACCAAGCACACGUGUGUCUGUGUGCACACGCUACAACCCCCCAAUGAGAACGGCUCGUGCGGAGGCGAAGAGCUACAUACAAGCGGCAACGCCAUUCAUCCCCCGUCCCACAUCUUUGGAACGAAUACGACUAAUACGGUAACUACCUGA